AUGGCUGGCAAUCCAAAAGUAUACAUUUUGGGUGCUGGGUCAAUGGGGUCAUUGGUUGCACACGAAAUGACUACUAAAUAUCCAAAUGCAUUGCAGAUGAUCUUGCUCUUCAAGACACAGAAAAGGUUGAAUAAUUUUGUGAAUAACAACUCAGAAUUAGCGAUAGUCAAACCCAGGGGACAAAACAUAAUUACUUCCACAUCACAGCUUGCGGCUGGUCGGUUCCCACCGACAAUGAAAGGUGAAAAACCAGCACCAAUUAACAAUUUAAUAAUAUCAACGAAAACGUAUCAAACCAAGGCAGCAUUAGAACCAUAUAUACCAAAUCUAAAUUCAAAUUCUAACAUAUUAAUACUUCAAAAUGGAAUGGGAAUGGCUCAACACCUAACAGAGACAUUUUGGCCCAACGAAACUAAUAGACCUAAUAUAUUGCAAGCAAUCAGUACGCACGGAGCUUACAAGACAUCACCAAAUGUCAUCCACCAUGUUGGUCAAGGAAAGCUCACCAUUUCUCAAAUACCUAGGAAACUAGACAUUCAGAAACCAGAGAUGAAGGAAAACGAGUUACCAGAAUUCAUAAAGUUAUUAUUACAAGUUGAAGAAUUAAACGCAAAUUAUCUGCCAUACAAAUCAUUCCUUUUAGCACAAAUGGAAAAAUUAAUAGUCAAUGCUUGUAUAAAUCCGUUGACAGCAAUACUUGAUUGCUUGAAUGGUGAUUUACUUUAUGGCACAAAAAUUGUACCGAUUAUGAAAAGAGUCAUAAAUGAGGCAGUUCAAGUGUUCAAGGCCGAAUACAAGGUCUUGAAGAAUAUUCCUGAAGCAAAUAGUUUUUUGAAUGAUGAUAGGUUGUUAAAUACCGUCUUUGAAAUUUGUAGAACUACAUCGCAAAAUAGUUCAUCGAUGAGAGAAGAUAUGAGAAAUUUAAACAAUACGGAAAUUGACUGGAUCAAUGGCUAUAUAGUGGGCUUAGGAUAUCAACACAAGAUACCAACUCCGACGAACAAAAUGAUAAGUUCUAUGGUCAAAAAUAAGUUAAGCAUUGAUAGAUCAUUAGAAUCAACAGCAACUAAUCGAUUAUUAAAUGUAUAA